AUGACCCUCCCCUCGUGUAUUUGGCACGCUGGUCUUACUCUUCUUCUCUUAUCAAGCGGCCUUGUGCAGGCUAACUCGAAAGCCUCUCCCCAGAGUGCGCCUGGCCAAUGCGACGCUCGUACCAUCAACUACAUCACGCACGCGCUGCCGUCGCUAUGCCUCAAGACAUCAUGGACGGACUCAAUACCGGCCCCGACCAAGAUUUCAAUCACAGGCGACUACUAUGAUGCUGCCGAGCGUGUUACACAGCCCGCUGUGGAGGAGGAGGCUUCGCCAACUGCAGCCACACAAAACGACACGGACACGUUGACGAAGACAUCUGCGGGCGAUACCUUUGCGACACCUUUCAUGUCAUUCGAGGACUGGAAGGAGAUGAUGCUAAAGGAAACUGGACAAGACCCUCAAGACUUGCACCUCCGGAACUCAAGCGGGCGUCAGAAAGGGGACAGACCGUCCCACGACGUGGAAGAGGGACUGGGAGAAGAAGGAGAAAUAUCCCUAACAUUUGAUGAUUACGGCGAUGGAGAAGGAACUCGAACUGGAACCUACGCGGAAUCGGCAAACUCGAAUAAGGGCGAUGAUAUUGACGAGGCUCUUGUGUCCAAGGAUGGGAAAGCGCCCAUCUACCGAAGCAAAGACGCCGGACAAACUUGCAAGGAACGCUUCUCAUACUCGUCCUUCGAUGCGGGUGCCACCGUUUUGAAAGCAGGUCCGCAAGCCAAAAACGCAAAAGCAAUCCUGGUGGAAAACAAGGACUCUUACAUGCUGCUUGAAUGUGCUGCGCAAAACAAAUAUGUCAUCGUCGAGCUAAGUGACGAUAUCCUCAUCGACACAAUCGUCAUCGCCAAUUUCGAAUUCUUCUCUAGCAUGGUUCGUCAUUUCAGGGUCAGCGUGAGCGACCGAUAUCCCGUGAAAAUGGAUAAGUGGAGGGAGAUUGGAAUAUUCGAAGCCGCAAACUCUCGUGACAUACAGGCGUUCCUUGUACAGAACCCUCAAAUCUGGGCGAAAUAUAUCAGGCUUGAAUUCAUUACACAUUACGGAAACGAGUACUACUGCCCAGUUUCGUUACUGCGAGUACAUGGCUCGAGAAUGCUCGACUCUUGGAAAGAUAGCGAGACGGGCCGAGAAGAUGACGCUCAUGAGGAAGAGGAGGAGGUUGAGGAGGAAGAGGUUCUCUCGGUUCCCGCUGCUACUGUUAUGCCACCAUCCGCGGCUGUUGAAACCACUGUCGAGACCAAGACUGAAGAGGAGACUAUACCACCUCCCGUCAGCACCUCUCUGCUGCCAUUAGACCAAGACCCCUUUUACCUUUUGACAGCAACAUGCGCUGCGUCUCCAACGGUGGUAACCGAUGGAAAACCAGGGAACCUGGGCUCCACAACCGCCAGCGAGGGGGUCAAACCUCAGAGUAAAGAUGGUGCCGUGGAAUCAGAUCCUGUAUCUCCGGAUUCUCCAAGAUCGAAUGCCACUCAAGCGCGUGAUCCUUCUACUACACCGCCGUUAAAACAAACGGACCCUUCCAAACCUGCCGUCGAGAAUGCCCAAGUCCCGGUAGAGCCUGUAGAUUCCACUGGGACAGGCUCCGGGACAGGCUCCGGGACAGGAAAACCCCGAAGUACCUCGAGCGCCUCCGCUGCUACGCCAACCGUGCAGGGAAGUUUCUUCAACUCCAUCACCAAGCGCCUGCAGCAAGUCGAGUCCAAUCUCACCCUAUCUCUCAAAUACGUCGAGGACCAGUCGCGGCUCAUGCAGGAUGCGCUGCAGAAAACCGAACAGAAGCAAGUGUCUAAGCUCACUCGUUUCCUCGGAGAUCUUAACUCCACCGUACUCGCCGAGAUGCGCAACGUACGUGAGCAGUACGAGCAGAUUUGGCAAUCCACCGUCCUAGCCCUCGAAAGUCAGCGGGAGCAGUCUGAGCGUGACAUUGUCGCACUGAGCACAAGGCUGAACCUGUUGGCCGACGAAGUAGUCUUCCAGAAGCGCAUGGCCAUAGUGCAGGCCAUCCUCCUACUCUCUUGCUUGUUCCUCGUCAUCUUUUCUAGGGGAGUCCCCAUUCCUUAUCUUGCCGCCUUGCAGGAACAAGCUGCCGGGAUUGCAUAUACUUCGCCGCCGCCGUAUUCUGGCCAUGGAUCUCAUGGCUUUUAUAAACCCGAUCCGGGUGUCCAAGCAGACGAACAACCGGUGCCGAACCAUAUUCCAGUAGUCAGUGUCUCUUCAUUUGAAGCUGCACCAAACGUACCGAGUAAACGGAUGACGUUCUCCUCCCUAGAGACGACUGAAUCCCACCAGCCAAUUCGUGAAACCGGCCAAAAGGAGCUUCCACGGCGGCAUCCCUCACUUGGAACGCCGGGUUCUCAAAAUGAUGACAAUUAUUCAGACAUACACCAUCUAGAUCACGAGUCACGCUUUCAUUCCCUCCGCCAUCCAGCUCCAAACCAUCUAAACACACCCCGAAAACCCCUUCCUUCUCUCCCUGAACAUUUGGUAUCGAAUCAGGACUCAUAA